UUUAUAGUUCGUUGUAAUGAAAAAGAGGAAGAUGAAGUGUGAUCCAGAGAGUGAGAAGCAAAGAAGAGAGAGUUAAAAUUAAAGAACGCAAAGUACAAUGCUCUCUUGAUCACUUUUCAUUUCAUGUCUCAUCCCACUAAGCGCUCUGCCACCGCAUCCACUGACGCCUCCUCUUCCUCCGCCGCCGCUGCAGCAACCAUGAAGAAGGCCAAGUCGCAGGCCGUUGCAUGCUCUCUCGACUCCAAGAACUCCCUCAGUCACCACCAUCACCACCAUCAUCGCCAGCAUCCAGACGACGCCCUUUUCGACCCUGCCGCCUCUCCGAUGGCGCUUGACGACGAUCUCAAAAGCGACGACCAGAAUGCGCGCGGCGCCGUCGCUGCAAAUCUGUCCCGCAAGAAAGCCACCCCUCCUCAACCCGCCAAGAAGCUCCUCAUCAAGCUCCGCAAAGGUAAACCAACGAUGCCACCGAAUUUUGAGGAGGAUACAUGGGAAACAGUGAGAUCAGCUAUUUCAGCCAUAUUCUUAAAGCAACAUCUUUCUUGUGACCUGGAAAAGCUUUAUCAGGCUGUGAGUGAUAUGUGUCUUCACAAAAUGGGGGCGAAUCUUUACCAACGGAUUGAAAGGGAGUGUGAAACACACAUAUCUGCAGCACUGCAGUCUUUAGUCGGCCAAAGCCCAGACUUGGUUGUUUUUCUAUCUCUAGUUGAGAGAUGUUGGCAGGAUCUUUCUGAUCAAAUGUUGAUGAUUCGUGGUAUAGCCUUGUAUUUGGAUAGGACAUAUGUGAAGCAAACUACAAAUGUACGGUCACUAUGGGACAUGGGAUUGCAACUUUUCCGCAAACACCUUUCACUAUGUCAAGAAGUGGAACACAAAACUGUUACAGGUCUUCUACGUAUGAUUGAAAGUGAAAGAUUAGGUGAAGCAGUUGAUAGAACUCUCUUAAACCAUCUCUUGAAGAUGUUCACUGCUCUGGGAAUUUAUGCAGAAAGCUUCGAGAAGCCAUUCCUUGAAUGCACAUCUGAAUUUUAUGCUGCUGAAGGUAUGAAAUACAUGCAGCAAUCAGAUGCUCCAGAUUACUUGAAGCAUGUGGAGACAAGAUUGCAAGAGGAACAUGAGAGAUGUUUGUUGUACUUAGAUGCAAGUACUAGGAAGGCGUUGAUAGCUACUGCAGAAAAGCAACUUCUUGAACGUCAUAUACCUGCCAUUCUUGACAAGGGUUUUACAAUGCUUAUGGAUGCGAAUCGUAUUGAAGACCUUCAGAGAAUGUACACGCUUUUUUCGAGGGUCAAUGCACUUGAGUCAUUGCGGCAAGCUCUUAGUUCCUAUAUCAGGAGAACGGGGCAGGGCAUUGUUAUGGAUGAGGAGAAAGAUAAAGAUAUGGUUUCAUCCCUUCUCAUAUUUAAGGCUUCCCUUGACACAAUAUGGGAACAAAGCUUUUUCAAGAAUGAAGCAUUCAGUAACACUAUCAAAGAUGCAUUUGAGCAUCUUAUCAAUAUCCGCCAGAACCGACCUGCAGAAUUGAUUGCCAAAUUUUUGGAUGAGAAGCUUCGAGCAGGUAAUAAGGGCACUUCUGAAGAGGAACUGGAGGGUACACUUGACAAAGUCCUGGUUUUAUUCAGGUUCAUUCAGGGCAAGGAUGUAUUUGAUGCUGAGAAAUCUAUGAUCUCCAAGUUGAAGACAGAGUGUGGCAGUCAAUUCACAAAUAAGCUGGAAGGAAUGUUUAAGGACAUUGAAUUAUCAAAAGAAAUAAAUGAAUCCUUCAAACAGUCAUCCCAGGCAAGGUCAAAACUACCAUCAGGGAUUGAAAUGAGUGUUCAUGUCUUAACCACUGGGUACUGGCCAACAUAUCCACCCAUGGAUGUUAGACUUCCUCAUGAAUUGAAUGUUUACCAGGAUAUUUUCAAAGAGUUCUAUCUAAGCAAAUAUAGUGGAAGACGUCUGAUGUGGCAAAAUUCAUUAGGUCAUUGUGUCUUAAAGGCAGAGUUUCCUAAAGGAAAAAAGGAGCUCGCUGUGUCCUUAUUUCAGACUGUUGUUCUAAUGCUAUUCAAUGACGCCGAGAAACUAAGUUUUCAAGAUAUUAAAGACGCUACUAGCAUUGAGGAUAAGGAACUGAGAAGGACUCUGCAAUCACUUGCAUGUGGAAAAGUUCGAGUCCUACAAAAGAUUCCCAAGGGUAGAGACGUCGAGGAUGAUGACUCAUUUGUUUUCAAUGACACGUUUAUGGCUCCUCUUUACCGUAUAAAGGUGAAUGCAAUUCAGCUGAAGGAGACAGUCGAGGAGAACACAAGCACCACCGAGAGAGUUUUCCAAGACCGUCAAUAUCAGGUUGAUGCUGCUAUUGUGAGGAUAAUGAAGACUAGAAAAGUGCUUAGUCACACCCUUCUUAUCACUGAACUCUUCCAACAGCUCAAAUUCCCAAUAAAACCAGCUGAUUUGAAGAAAAGGAUAGAAAGCCUUAUAGAUAGGGAGUAUCUAGAGAGAGAUAAGAACAACCCACAAAUAUACAAUUACCUUGCUUAAAUUAGUAUGCUUCUGACUUCACAUUAUAGAAUUUUCUUGAAUUUUUUUUUGUAAAUGACAAUCAUGGGAAAGACUUCACUGAGUCCCUCAGUCAUAUAUGUAUAGUAUACUAUGCUGGAUUCUCCCUCCAACCUCAACCCCCUCUCUUUUUCACUUUAUCUACAAUCGUACUGUAAUUAUAAACCCUUUUUUAUUUUGCCUCUUGAAGUUUUCUCUAUAUCAAUAGUUACUCAUCUUAACUA